GAGGCACCUUCUUGUGGUGAAGCGUCUAGAUACGAGGAGUCUGCAAGCACAGCAGCCAGCCUGUUGAAUAUAGUUAGCUUGCUCAUUUUGCUUUAUCGUUUUAGGGUGAAAGAGGACAGAUACGUUGAAACAUGUGACACUGACUAGUAAACUCUUGUGAAGCUAACUGAGCGAAGGAAUGCUCGGUAAACGAGUCGUUGUUCAGCGCAACCUGAAACAAUAACUUUAGCUAGUGAAACAAGGGUCAAAAGCCCAUUGUAAUUUCCACUAUGUUAAAAUUCAGCUUCAGGAGGGAGAAAGAAAAGGAGUUUAAGCACAUAGUUCACGGUUUGAUUCCUGCUGCCUCCAUUGCUCCCAAGCCAGCUGUGCCUCGUACCCCGCCCCCACGCAGCCCAGACCCCUCACCUGAGAGACCCAGAUCAGCCUUAGCAGCAGCCAUUUUGUCUUCUUCGCUCACUGGACAGACAUGGGCCAUUCCCCCUACCCGGCCGAGGUCUUUCUCUGAGAGUGGCCGAUCAGAGUCCUUUAUAUCUGAACCAAACAUCAGCACAGCACUUUACACCAGAGACAGAUGGUCAGAGGAUUUAGCUAGCCGGCCACGGCUGUCCUCCCCUGACCACUCAGAGGAGUCGGAAGACAGGGAAGAGGAGGUGGAGAAUGAAGAGGACGGGGAAGAACAUGUUUACCAAAGUCUAGACAGACGGGAGGAUUGUUCAAUCACAGAACCUGUCUAUGCCCUGCCACUAAAACCUAAGACCAGUGCAACCCAGCCAAAUCAGAUAUCUAGCAGAAGAGUGCCUUCUCCAGAUUUCUCUGAGGAAACCAGUGUCCAGUCUCCUGAAGCCAGCUGUGAGUUUUCCAAGAACAAAGCCUCUACCAGGAAAAGACCUGGAAGUCAUAAAGAAGUUGUGCCUUGUAGAUCCACGCUGCCCAUCCUAACCACUGACCACGCCAGCCAAUCCAGCAAAGCCAAAAACCCAAAACCCUCCACCCAGCUGUCUCCAGAGCCCAGCGAGGUGUACAGCGAGGUGCAGAGGGAGGUAGUGCGGACCCUGCCAGAGAGGAACACAAGGAUGGUAGAUGAACAGAAGCUACUGGAGGAGAGACUGCGACGGCUGGAACAGGAGAUCAGUCACAGCCAAGCCCCCUCAAACCUGAGGUCAUCUGCAGGCUGCCAGGCAGAGCUAAAGAAUUUGCGGCAACAUGCCCAGGAGCUGGUGGAUGAAAAUGACGCCCUCAAAUUGACAGUUCACCGUCUGAAUGUGGAGCUGAGUCGAUACCAAACCCGCUUCAGACCAUUAUCCAAACAGGAGAGCUCCAGAAUCAGCGGCUUGCCAAAGACAGGGUCUCCUCCUCCCUGGCUGCUUGACAUGAAGUAUUUAUCUCCUUUACUUCUGGCCUAUGAAGACAGGAUGAAUGAGAAAGAUGAACUUCUGCAAACCACUGAGGAGGAGGUGAAGAGGUUGCGUGUUCAUGUGGAGGAGGUGAUCAAAGAAAAUGAGAGACUCCAUGAUGAAAUUGCAAAGAUCGGAGGGGUCAGCCAAAAGGACUGUCAUCAACUACAACAGCAGGCCUUUCUGGUUUUGCAGGAGAACCAAGUUCUGAUUGAUCAGCUCGAGGCUCAGCAUGUUAAGGCCAAGGCCAGUCACAGCAGACAUCAUUCUGAAGUUUCCAAAGUGUCUAAGCAACUGAUGUUGUUAGAGGCUGAAAAGCAGUGUUUGCAGGAUGACCUGGAAGAAACCAGGAGAGAGGUGCAGAAAAAUAUGAGGGAUGUCCAAGUUCUUCAGGCCCAGCUGAAGGAUGUCAUAACGUGGGAUGAACACUGCGACCUUGCUGGGAAACUCAGGCGGCAAUUGGAGCAGCAGGAGAGUAGGAAUAAGAGUGACAUGGACGAGUUGCUUGUCAGAUUGUCCAGCCUGCAGGAGGACAAUAGGAGUCUGGCCCUGGACAAAGCCAACCUGACUGCUGAUAUAAAGAGAAUGGAGGCUGAGCUGGAGCUCCACAAACGAGCCAACAGGAAGACUGAGAGGAGGAUGAGUGUAUUGAUGCGACAGAAGGAAGAGUGUGUGUUGAAAGAGGAAAAGACUCGGCAUUACAUGGGAGCUGUCAUUUCUGUGGCGGAGCACGUUUCCCGGGAGAGAGACCAACUAUUACAGAUGGCCUCGGUUCUUCAGCAGGAAAAGCAGGGAUUCAUCAGCAGGAUUCUGAAUGGCACAGUUCGAUUUGGAAAACUACAGGAAGAAGUCAAAUGUGCCUACCAGAUGAAUAGGGUGGUACUGUACCACUGGCACCCCUCUCCCCUUCACUGCAUGUGGUGGUGUGAUGUGGUAAAUGGGUGCCCUUUCAACUCGGUUGUUUACUUGUUUACGUGACAGAUGGGUGUGUGUGUGUGUGUGUGUGUGGUGGUGUCUGGGCAUCCUGAUAGCACUCAAAUAACUCCCUAUUGGUCUGGUUCCUAAGGAUUCCAAGCUGUUUUACGGCUGGCCAAUGUGAUCUUUUCCUUCUGUGUCUGUGAAAAGUUGGCUUUAACAUUUUGUUCUUUUUUGUUAAUGGCUGUUUGUCCUUUUAUCAUUUUGCAAUGAAUAAAUUGUAGUGUCCAUUAAAUUGCCCAUCCAGAGUCAAAAUCCACGUUUCUGUAUUGUUUUGUUACCACUGUUUGUGUGUCAACCUUCAUUUAGUUUUUCUGGGGAUUCUUACCCCAGGUGGCGUUGUCUCACCUUGAGGCCCACUAGCAUCAUUACUUUGCCUCGGUUACACUUAAGUAGAACAACACAUCUGGGCAGCAGAGAUAGCAGUAACCAACUGCUAUCUGUAAGCACUAUUAGACUGCCAACAGCUCUGCUCAGCAGAAAUACACAGCAUGAAUUCUAGAUAGGUGUAAAGAGUCACAUUGUUAUUAUACCUUCACCUCUAAAUGAUUAUAUGUCAGAAAAGUGAUAAACAACUGAAUGAGAUAAAAGCCAAGAGGGUAAACACAGAACCAAACUAUCAGGCUCAGCUACAUGCUUCAAUACCAUCAAUCGUACAAAAGACUAACAUACCAUUAGUUAUAUUCCAGCCAAACACUGGCAAACCAUUAGCAUGCACAAAUUAGGAACAUGCUAGCUAUUUAUGUUGCUUUACCAUCAUGUAUUCUACAAGUGUUUUGCUUUUGCUAAUUCUCCAACCUGACUGCAGUAGACCCCCCACAGAUAACUGUGUCAGUUUACUUAUUUACAACCAGAGCUAAUUGUGACAUUGACUGACAUUUGCAGAUAUUUGUGAAACACCUGAGCAGUAGAGCUGAGUUGAUCUAAUAAAAUGUACAUUGUCUUCCCCGUUCUCUGCCAAGGGAGCCAAGGGAGGUGCAUGUUUGUGUGUGUGAUGUCUGUGUUUGGGUGCUACUGUCAGAAAUGUUGGCACUACACCCUUGAAGUUUUUGAAACCCAGUAGACUAAGACUCACUUAUCUUACUACUUUCUUUACAAUAGCCCCACAGUGUUAUCAUUUACCAUUGCUACCCAACCUUCAAACAAUCCCCCACACACUUGUGAGCUCUCUGCACCACAAGAGCUUCGCUCCUCAGCAAAGGUCAGCGAUAUUUUAACUAGAAAGACAUGACAGCAGAGUCUUGAGAGGUUGCAAAUCAGAUCCUCCUUGAUGGUGAGUUUUAUGCCGAUCACCGCUGGCUUAGACGGAGAAAGUCAUCAUUUCUAACCUUUACUGAGCCCAGAAAUGUUAGCUAACAUGAAGUAAAGGCUCUGUUUUAACCCCACCCUGCUUCCAAGUUAUAUAUAUUUACACUGCUGCCCAGAUACCCACGGUAAAUUGUCCAGUAAACAAACAGUAAUCUAGAAAACAUAGAGUUUCUUGCUUACUCUUCAACCACACAACUUUACUUCCUCUUGCUCUGCUGCCUUUUUCUGUCUCACUAUGCUCCCCUCCAAUGUAUCCACUUGUCUCUUAUUAGAUGCGGUAAGAUCAGGUGUAGAGUUGGUUCUUAUGUAGUUGAAUUUUGCCUGCCCUAUGGAACUGCUUCAUUACCUCUACUGUGUUUUCUUCUGCUAAUGACACAAGACAGCCAAUUUCAGCAGAAAAGGUCAACCUGUUUACACGUGACGAUGCUUUAUAGCUGAGAGAAUUGAGUUAUUGCUGCAGGGAAUUCAAACAUUUGGAUUUGUGAAUUAUUGUGAAAUUGGAUAAAAGGGUAUGAUGUUGUUAGUGAGGUUGUGAGGUGUUAAUUAGAGUAACGGCCGGUUGGCAGAUAAAGGAAGAGGAGGGUGUAUAUAUUGUAGCCUUUAACACAAGCCCAAGAUUUACUCUGCAUUCAGACCGUUAGUAGAAGUAGUUGGCUGCAGCACAAAUCGUAUUUUAGCAUAAGGCAAAACAUGUGGCAGUGCUGAUGCAUGGUUGGCUUCGAACAGGUGGUAGAACCCAAAGGAUCCACUUCAGUUGGCUUCUUAUUUGGACAAACAAAAGAACCAGGUGACUGGUCAUUUUAGAAAAUAAAUGGAGUGAAACCUGAGAGAGCAACUUCACCAGGAAACUCGAGUGUACUGCUCGUCACUGCAACAUAGAAUAGAAUAGAAUAGAAAAAACUUUAUUGUCCCCAAGGGGAAAUUUGUCUUGGGUACAGUGCUACAGUUUGUUGCUUCACAGAAACAAGCAUACCUCAACAACAGACACACAUCAAAAAGCAAUUACAAAAUCAACAUACAUACUGCAUAUCCACCACUCUCCCACAACAUCCCUCUGUAGGCUAUAGGUUGCCUCAAGUUAUUACUGUAUAGUCAGCUCUGAGUCACCACAUACAUUAUCCUAUAGUUACAUAAAAAUCAAAUCCAUUAAACAUGAGUUAGCUUCCUUAAAUGUAUUAGUAAAAAAAUUUAUAUAUUGUGAAAGUCAAUGCUCAGGUGUACAGUAAAGCAUAACCUGUGGAAAGCACUCACAAAUGUGAGUCUUAAGAUUUCAAAAACUUCCUGUUUAACAGGACAUCCUAUCCUUAGCUUAAAGAGUAAAAACAUAGUUCAAUGUUUGUUUGGAAUUUUCAGAAACAUGGCUGAGACUGAUAUCAGUCUCAGUCUCUGCUGAAAAACACCUUGUUAUAGCCGACAGCAGAAGACAGUGUUUUUUACGGAGCAA